GAAUUUCAACUAUAUAUCUUCUGAGUUUUCUCUUGCAUUUGUUGAUUUGCAUUAUCGAGUUUAAGAUAUGAAAAUAGAGAUGAAGAACAAAUUGGUUCGGCGUAUAAACAAGUUGCUUUCAUCUUCUGUUUGCAGAUCUAGCUCUCCAAAUCGUCAAACACAAGUGGACGUUCGUGAAGAAUAUGCUAAUGCAUUUCGUACGGAGUCAUACAUAGAGUUUUGGACACGUGUGGUUGCAUAUUCCAAUGGUGAAUGCCGUUCUCGUUUGUCAAGAGAAACCACCACAUCAACCCGUCUUCCCUCUUACCGUUUAUUCGCUGAACAUCUCUUGGAUCCUGAUCAGCCUACGGUUACUCGAAUCUUGGCCGAAACCAAACUUCAACCCGAAAUCAAUUCUCUCUUAUCGGACUAUUUUUCGCACACCGCUAAUGCCUCUCUACUUUGUAGCCAAUUGUUGAAGGAAAUUGAUGGCGUGCGUAUAAAAUAUAAAUCACAUAAAACUAUUCUUCAAUCGGUCGCUACUAUUAAAGAAGGAUCUAAUCAAAUUUCUUCUUUAAUGAUAGCGACCCAUUUAAUUGAGCUUUCAUUAGGUCAAUGCUCUGAAUUACAAAAACAACUUGAGUUGAGUCGUGAUAACUUGCGAGCCAAGCUUCAAAUGGUUACUAUACUUAAACAUUGUUCAACUUGUGCUAUUGUGGUAGUAACAACUUCUCUUGUUGUGUUAGUUGUGUCUCAUGGCUUUGCAUUGCUCGUGGCUAUGCCAGGGCUAACUUUGAUGAAUUUGCAUUCAAAAAGGAAGCUAACUAACAUGACGGCUCAACUCGACGCAGCCGCCAAAGGAACAUAUAUAUUGAACAAAGACUUGGAAACAACUAGUCGGCUCGUGGCUCGGCUAAAUGAUGAGAUGGAACAUAUAAGAAAAAUGGUCAAGUUUUGGCUUGAAAGGAAAGAGGAUAAAAUUCAAGCUGAUGGGGAAGUGUUGCGCCUAUUGAAGAAGAAUCAAUGCAAUUUUAAUGAUCAAUUGGAUGAGUUGGAGGAACAUUUGUAUUUGUGUUUUAUGACUAUUAAUAGGGCUAGAGAUCUUGUGUUGAACCAGAUUACUGCUUCAGCUUGAUUAACCAUCAUCUAAUAAGUUAUCACAUUCAAUUCAUCAUGUUGACUUAAAUGUAUGUAGUAGCUAGCUACUUAGCUAUAUUAGAACAAAAAAAGCUGUAUUAAAGUUAAACAACUACUUCUAUAAUUUAACUUACAAUAGAAUUAUCUGUU